AUGAACAAGAAUCUCUUCCUCAUCAUUAUUACUAUCACCACCCUACUCCCCCUUAAUACAAAUGGCGCCAAAUGUCAUCCUGACGACGAAUCAGGUCUCCUCACUUUAAAAUCAAGCAUCAAAUUCGACCCGUCAUCCAUGUUAAAAACAUGGAUAACUGGCACAGAUUGUUGCACAUGGUCCGGAGUAAGUUGCGGAGACAACAAACGAGUUACGACUUUGUCCUUAACCGGUGAUCUCGAAAAUCCAAAAAGCUACUUGUCAGGAACGGUGCCUAAGAGUUUUGCAAACUUGACGAAAAUCUUCAACCUUGAUCUCUCCGACAAUUUUCUCGUCGACCCAUUUCCUUCAUUGAAUGUGAAAGGGAUUGAGUCACUGGAUUUGUCGAGAAAUAUGUUUCAUUUGAAUGAAAUUCCGAAAUGGGUCACUUCAUCUCCGAUUAUAUACUCACUAAAGCUUGCGAAAUGUGGGAUAAAGAUGAAGCUUGAUGAUUGGAAGCCUUCUGAGACAUAUUUCUAUGAUUUUAUUGAUCUUUCUGGGAAUGAGAUUUCAGGAAGUGCUGUUGGGUUGUUGAAUGAGACAGAAUAUUUGGUUGGGUUUUGGAGUUCUGAGAAUGUUUUGAAAUUUGAUUUGGGAAGUUUAAGGUUUGGAGAUAGGUUGAAGUAUUUGGAUUUGUCACAUAAUAUGGUGUUUGGAAAAGUGACAACAAGUGUGGUUGGGAUUGAGAAGUUGAAUGUUAGUUAUAAUCAUCUUUGUGGUGAGAUUCCUAAGAAUAAUUUGUCUGCUAGUGUUUUUGUUGGAAAUGAUUGUUUGUGUGGAUCUCCUUUGAAGCCAUGCAAAGCAUAG